ACUCUUGGAUCCGUACGAUAUGUCGUCACAAUUGCGUCUGCUCCGCAGGAUUAUCAAGCGAAAUCCGAAGACCGUAUAUAGUCGCACACUUUUAACCACCUUUAUCCAGUGUUACAGAUCAAUUCCUCCCGCCAAGACAUUUGCACCCGCAAGACUUAAUCACCAAGUACUGUCCACAAUGAGCAGUAUCCCUGACCAGAACAUCUUUCCUCAUGCUACUGGUAAAGCUGCGGAGACCGUAGCUAAGCAUCAGGAGCCACAAGAACUUAUAUUUCAUGCCGGAUGGUUUUGCCCGUUUGUCCAGAGAACCUGGAUUACACUGGAAGAACGCAGCAUCCCAUACCAAUACAAGGAGGUCAACCCUUACAAGAAAGAGAAACAUUUCCUCGACAUCAAUCCUAAGGGCCUCGUACCUGCCAUUGAAUACCAAGGCAAAGCCCUGUACGAGUCACUCAUUCUCUGCGAGUUCCUCGAGGAUGCCUAUCCCUCCUAUAAGCCCAACCUCCUGCCCAGUGACCCAUACACUCGUGCCUAUGUUCGCAUCUGGUUUAUCAACAAGUCCAUUGUGCCAGCAACCAUGCGUCUCAUUCAAGCACAGGAAGCGGACAAGCAGAAAGCAGCUCUUGAGGAACUCCUAAAAGGACUGGCUACUUUUUCGGAGAAGAUUAAAGGACCAUACUUCCUCGGUGACGAGUUCAGCCUCGUAGAUGUCGCCGUUGCGCCCUGGAUUGUUAGGGACUAUAUUAUCCGGGAGAACCGUGGCUUCACAAGAGACGCUGCUGGGGAGACUUGGAAGCGAUAUGCAGAGAGGUUGGAGACUAGGGAGAGCGUUCUUAAGACCCAAAGUGACAAGGAACAUUAUGCUGAGAUCUAUGGUCGAUACCUCCGGGAUGAAGCACAAAGCGAAGCCGCGAAGGCCAUUCGUGCUGGCAGAGCAAUCCCUUGAGCAAACAACAUGGAUGAAGAGUGGAAUCUGUGCAUUUAAGAAAAGUGUAUCAUUAGCAUGUAGGUGUAUCGAUUGUGAAAGGUCCUAUAUUUUGGCAUUCGUCAAGCACGUUUUCAAUGUAAGCUGGCUUCGUCAGAAAUGCUCAAGCCUAACUUACAACUGU